AUGGCAUAUUAUAGUAAUAACAUGAGUCAGCCACCUCGUCGUCAGUUACCAUACCAAGCACCGCCAGCGGGCUACACUCAGACUUUUAUACCCAUGAUGCAACCCAAUAUGGUGCCUCCACCACAAGGUAACUACAACUCACCCCUCAUCAUGAUGAACCACUAUACUAAUUCUCCAGUAGCAAGUUACUACAAUGAGUUGCCCAAUUUCGAUCUCAUGUACUACAAUGCAAACAAUCAAGUCCCAGCCCCGAUGAUAGCCCCUAAUUACGUGGGAGUUCCUCCUCCCAUUUCGUACCAAAAUCCAUUCCCUUCACUGCCUGCAAAUAUCUCGGCACCUAUUCAACGCCCCAAACCGGUCAGACCUGUCAAAGAGGCCAGACAGGCCAGACAGGUCAAGCCUCCCCACAGCCAACCGAACGCUCCAGCCAGACACAGUCCAUACCCCCCACCCCCACCCCCUAAACGGAGCUACACACCGAAGCGAGCCGAAUCAUCGCAGAGGCUUCAACCACCUCCAGCAACCGUUCCCGAGUGCAACAACAAUGAAAGUACUCCAAAGCAUACCUCGGGUCCAGCUGCGUUCGUAGACCCCGAUGUCCAACCAGCGCCGUCAUCUACCCAAAACGAGUGUGAGCGAGUGGAAGAAAAGCCAAAGGAGAAUGUGGAGGAGCUCGGAGACUCUGUGGGAGCGGCCAUGCCCAUCUACAACAGCCAUCCACAUGCCGCGGCACGCCUCGACUUACAAGCCAGCACCAGCAGCAACGCCAAUAUCCCUGAGCCUACGCAGACAACAGCCUUCCGAGCGCAAGAAGAACCAGCCACAGUUGCGCCCGCUCCUGUGCCAGAGCUCUCAACCAUAGCCGCGCCUGAUCCUGUGCCAACGAAACGCCGUUACUUCACCUACUCCAGCGACGAGGACCCCGGGGAGCUUCCGUACUGCUUCAACCUGCUCUAUGAAGAGGUUAAGCGCCAUCAUCGCGAGAAAAGGAGGAAGAAAGCAGCAGCGGUUACAGCAGCACCAACAGCGGCAGACAGAGAAGUCCGGUGCAUCGACGAAGAGCAAGUCCCCCUCCCGCCAACGCCCGAACCCCUCCAGACCCCGAAGUUAUCCGCCGCGGAAAGUGAACCCUGCGCCGAAGAUAGCGAGGACAAGCCCCCGCCCAGCGCAGAAGGUUGUGCGCAGGCCGUGUUCGUCGGAAUGUCUUCCUGGCCUUUCUCUCGCACGCCGACCAGCGCGCCCCAGCAGCCGCAGCACGUAUACGGCAUCCGCAUCCGGCAUGAAUCAGUUGAGUUCCGUGCCGUCGCAGAAAACACGUCUCUCGGUAGCAUCGCCACCAGCGGUGUGCCAGUCACUUGGGACCAGAUUCGGCUCAACUCCUACUUCAAGGGCAUGACGCGGGAGCAGGGGAUCUGCUGGGUGCGGUAUCUGCUUGCCGCGAAACCGGGGUGCAAUGACAACCUUGUGAAGUGGAACUGA